AUAUAUAAAUAAUUAGUCCCUCGAUCUCCCCCUACACUUUGAUAUCUUAUUUAGAGAAAGAAACUGAAGAGAGAGAGAGAGAGAGAGAGAGAAUUGAUAGAAGGAUUUGACGGAAUUAAUAUGCAUGGUUUGAUCGAUUUGUACAUUAAUUUUUUGUGUGAGGAAAUGUGGGCAAAGCUACGAAGGUCGUUGUCUUCUUCUUCUUCUUCUUCUCCUCCAAGAUCAGGAGAAGCCCCUCCCAUGGCGAUAGAGUACAUAACCAAAUCUAAAACCCCAUUAACGGUGGAGGAGGAGUACAACAUGGCUCUCCGCACCAAGUCCUUCUUGGACAUCUGGGCCAAGGCACAUCACCACAACAAACCCCAACAUGCAGAAGCAGAAGCUGAAGCUGAUGCAGAAGCAGAAGCAGAAGCAGAAGCAGAAGAGGAGGAGAAGCGGAAUUCUCACCCUUCGAGUUGUUCUUUUAGCUCUUCUUGUAACAAUCACAGCAGUUUGAAGGUCACCGAGUUCGUACUCGAGCCCAGCCAAGACUCGCUCCGCGCCGCCACCGCCCGCAUCCGCCUCCACCGCCGCCGCGCCCUCCUGCUCGACUACUUCGACGCGACCUCCGAGGCGUGCGGCGCGUGCGUCGCCCUGCUGUCCUCCGUCCACCGCGCGCGGUGCCACCACCGCCGCAUCCGCCGCCUCCUCCUCCGCCUCUCCCUGAACGCACACAGCACCAACACCAGCACCAACACUCUCAGUAAUAAGGGAGAACGUCCUAACACCAGCAUCAACACCAACACUCUCAGUGAUGAGGGACAACGUCCUACUAAUAAUAAGAAUAACUGGAUUACUCCAGUAUCUAGAGAGCUCGCGCGGCACGUCGACGGGCGCGACAAUCCGCUCUCCGCGCAGAGCCUCGCACGGUUCCACCACGCCCACGCCCGCUACGCGCCGCUCGCGGCCCGUCGACUGGCCCGCAGGGCCAGGAGCGCCGGCCGAAUUCUCCUCCUUGGCGCCUGCGGCGGCUCCGCGGGGAAGGGUAAGAGUAAGAACACGGCGAAGAAGAAGGGGAAGGCGGAGGUGGACGCAGCGGCGAAGGGGGCGUACAUUGUGGGGAGGGACCUGGACACGGUGAGCCGGAUGGUGCGGCGGGCGCACGACGAGGUCGAGCACGGGCGCGACGUCGCGCGCAUCGCCCUGCGGGCCUACGACGGCGGCGGCGGCGGCGGCGGCGGCGGGGGAAGGGAGGUGGCCAGGGAGGCGGCGCGGGAGGUGGAGUUCGGAGCGGUGGAGCUGGCGGAGCAGCUGGCGGAGCUGGAGGAGCACGUCUGCCUCUGCCUCAUCACCAUCAACCGCAGCCGCCGCCUCGUCGCCCGCGAGAUCAUGACGACCACGGCUCAAACACCAUUCUUUUAAUCGAUCAUCACCUUCUUAUAUAUAUACAUUGAUAGUUGAUUAUUAUUCAUUAAGAUCGAUCGAAAUGAUCAAAAAAUAUAGAGGUGUACGUAGUUACGUGCAUGGUGCGCAUGUAACAAUAGGAUUAUAUUGUGAUUCGUUGAUUCUUUGGAAGAGAUUAUUAUUAUUAUUGUUACUUUUAUAUAACUAUGAGACAUGAGAAUUGUUUAGUUGUGAGAUGAUUCACGCGUGUUGUUACUCUUUACUCUUUUGCAUUAAUUGGAACAUUAAUUUGGCCUGUAAUUAAUUUUUG